CCACUCGCAACUUAUUUUGUAAGCACGCAAAAAGACGAAGAAGAAGAAACAUGGUAGAUCCAACGAUCCAUAACACGACGACGUAUCUCGAAGAGAUAGCAAAAGGAAAUGGGAAAACCGAGUUCGAGAUUUUAAUCUUGCAAGGCUUAGAACUCAUUCAUGUCGGGAAAGGAACCUUACGAUGUAGAUUAGUCGUCACAGAUCGUGUCGCGGGAGAAGAUGGAAGUUGGAACGCCGGAGUGAUUACGGCGGUGAUGGACUCGAUCGGAGCUUCGGCUGUGUACUCCGCCAGCGGAGGACUCCAUAUCUCUGUUGAUCUCAACUCUUCGUUUUAUUCAACGGCCAAGAUUCACGAAACGGUAGAGAUAGAAGCAAGAGUGAAUGGAAGCAAUGGAGGAUUAAAAUCAGCUGUGAUUGAGAUUAGAAGAGAAACAAAUGGAGAAAUCAUAGCCACAGGAAGAUUGUGGAUGGCUCCACUUAGCCUCAAAGUCAUGCACAAUGUUUCUACUCUUAGUAAGCUUUGAUUUUUUCUUAAAUUAAAUGAUUCAAUUUCCC